AUGGCGCUCCUGCGACUGCCCAGGAGCGGCGGCGGCGCCGCCGCAGCAGCGAUAACCUCUUAUCUCCUUCGCCGGCUCCUGUGCUCUCCUCCACCCUCCGUGCCUCCCAAACGCCGGUACUCUCUCUCUACUGCAACUCUCGCCGCUCCUUUCUCCCCCCACCUUUCCUCUGGCGACCAUCUCCGCCACCGGCCUCUCCUCUCCGACUUCGACGGUGAGCUCGCCAGCGGCGCCGAGCUAAGGGCCGCCCUCGAGCUUAUCUCGCGAACCAGAGGAGAGUGCUCCUCCAGGGAAGAGGCGCUGGGAUCGCUGAGAGACUCCGGCGUGGAACUCGCCGGACAUUUGAUACCGGUGGCGAUAUGGCAGCUGAGGGAGGACUGGGAAUCGGCCUUCCUGGCCUUCCAGUGGGGAAGAGAGCGUCUCCUCUCCGACUGCCCCAGGCCCUGGCAUCUGAUUAUCUGGGUCUUGGCCAAGAACCAGAAAUUUGGAAUCGCCUGGCUUCUCCUCCGGAAAAUGCACCGACUACACAUCCUCACCCAUCUUCCAUUCUUGAUCUUGAUGGAAGGGUAAGCUCAUUCUCCUUCUUCUUCUUCUUCCUCUUGGUCUUCUUCAUCUUCAACUCCCUGUCCCCUGUUCUCGGGAAGGUAUGCGGCGGUGAACGAGCCCACAAAGGCGAUCAAGACCUUCCGGGCGAUGGAGAAGCUCGGAUUGGCGGCGGAUUCCUCCUCCUUCUACGAGCUGCUCCGAUCCCUCUGCAAGUACAGGAACGUGGAGGAAGCAGAGGAGCUGCUCCUCUCCAACCGGGGGGUCUUUCCUUUAAAGGUUGAAGGCUUCAACAUCAUCCUCGACGGGUGGUGCUCCGCCAUGGCCGACCUUGUGGAGGCGAAGAGGUGCUGGAGAGAGAUGGCGGCGUUCUGCAUCUCCCCCGACGGCGCCACCUACGCCCUCAUGAUCGGCUGCUUCUCCAGAGCAGGGAACCUCUUCGACUCCAUGAGGCUCUACGACGAGAUGAAGAAGAAGGGAUGGCCGCCGGGGAUCUCCGUCUACAACGCCCUCAUCUACGCCCUCGCCGGAGAAGGCCUGGCGGCGACGGCGAAGAAGCUCAUGAAGAAGAUGGAGGAGCUGGGCUUGGAGGUCUCUGUGGAGACCUACAACUCGCUCAUUCUCCCUCUGUGCGAAGCUCGGAAGGUAGACGAAGCCAGGGAGAUGAUGGAGGAGAUGAUCCAGAGGGGGAUCACCCCUACGGCGGAGACCUACAAGGCCUUCUUGAGGGCGGAGGACAUGGCGGGGACGAUGGCCCUGUUGCAGAGGAUGAGCGGCGGCGCCGCCGACGGGUCCGUCUUCCUCCUGCUGCUGGAGAAGUUCCUCCGGUGGGAACAGGCGGAGAAUGCUCUGAGAAUCUGGGCGGAGAUGGGGAAGCGCGGGGUGGAGAAGGAGGGCGGCCAUUAUCUCGCUCUGGUUCGAGGUCUGGUCGCCUGCGGGUGGAAGCCGAAGGCCAUGGAGUUCUACAGGGAGAUGAAGGUGAGGGGAUUCACUGCCGAUCCCAAGCUGGAGAGGCUCUUCACAGAGGUGGAAGAAAGAGGAAGAAGAGGAAGAAGAAGGGCCGAGAGGGGGAAGUUCGACUGA